AUGGACCAAGUCCCACGUCAGGCCCUCCGGGGCAUGUCAAGCGGGGAUAUCUUGGCUUACAUUGCAAGAUAUCGAUACAAUGGUCAGCUAUUUUCGGUCCUAAUCAGCGACGAGCCCCCAGAGCCAUACCAGCCGCAUUCGGACUCAAUCGAGGGCGCAUGGAUCCACCACUUGGACGACCUAUCCUACCACGAUGGAAAGGACCCCCAGAAAACCUUGCAACAAUCCCGGAUGCUGGAUGAGGUUGAGAGGAAGAUACUUGAGGCGGUAUUUCCAACCUUGCAACAGCUGGCACCCACCCCCGUAGCUACCUCAACCGCCUCGGAUUCUGCCGUGGAGACGAUCGAAGAAUACUUGUUCCCGCAGUGUAUCAAGUUGGAACUGGUGACAAAAGAUGGCAAGCUGGAGGUCAUUCCGGGAUACCAUACGGACGUGGAACGUGCACAAUACGUUGUCCCUCGGAGCGAAAUGGAGAAAGCCGGGUUUCAGCGUGGUUCACGAGUUUCCCGCCGACCAGGGGAUCCGAGAGAGCAGGCCCACGAUAUAUACACGGCCGUUGAGCAUAUAUAUGAGAAACUCAAGGGCUUGGAGUUGGGUCCCGAAAUCAGAAUCCCCGAGUUCACAGGUGAUUUUCUCGCUCUCUAUGGCACAAAGCAGGCUACAACUGACAAGAUAUUCGUAUCGAUAGGUUUGAUCACGCCUGGAGAGGGUAUCGUUGGCUUCAUCAUGGCCAAGAUCCCUGCCAAACACCCCAGCUUGCUCCCGAUCGUCACCGACAGCUUUCCUGGCAAACGGCCAGCGGUGGCACUGAGACAACGAUGGGCUGCUCAAAUGGAGCAUACCGUGACGACGCUUCAUGAGCAUGGUAUCGUUUGGGGAGACGCAAAACCCGAUAACCUCCUCGUUGAUCUGGAUGACAAGAUCUGGUUGCUCGAUUUCGGGGGUCGGCUUACGGCCGAGGGAUGGAUGGACCUGUCCUUGAUGGAAACGAGAGAGCGAGAUUUGGCUGCGGUUGCAAAAAUGAAGGAGGGGCUGCUGGAUGAGCGGGCCAACGGCGGGAACAAGGCCGGGACAAAAUAA